UGCAUUUAUAUAUCAUUUUCAUCGUCACAAAUUUGCAUAAUUCCAAACACACCCUUUUUCCUUUAUCUUCCUUCUUCCGCACAAUCUCCAUGGACGACACCUCCGAAUCCAAUCCCUUAACCUCUAAACGCAAUCAACACGAAGACGAUGAUGAUUUCGAAUCCGACGAAUCUCUCUCCUUCUCCGAUCUUCCCAUGGACAGAGAAAACUCCGACGCCCAUACUCAUCCCGAUAGCUUCCGCAAGAAUCCACGUAGGUCCUCCUCCGAACCUCUCGAUCUCUUCGAAUUCUUCAGCGCUGGAUUCAUAACUUCCGAAAUUUCUCCCGCAGAGGAUCUGAUCUUCUGCGGUAGAUUGCUUCCUCUCAAUGAUCACUCUACGCGUAUUACCGCCGAUAAGAGUUUCUGGAAGGAAGAGAUUAGUCGAAAACAGACUGUAUUUCGAAAACGCUCCGAAUCAUUGUCCGGAUUGCAGAGCUCUGUUUCUCGAUCCAACAGUGCGAAAUUCAAUCUCAAACGGAAUAGCCGAUCGCUUGAUUACCGUAGGCUCUAUCGUCAAGCGAAUUCGAUUUUCUCACCAACGGCUGAAAUCGAUCGUAAUUGUUCAAUCAAGACCGGAUUGAAACCUGAUUCACUAAACAAAAAGACCUCAUCGAAGCCGCGGUGGUAUUUGUUAAUGUUCGGAAUGGUGAAGUUUCCAGCGGAGAUGGAGCUCAGCGACAUUAAAAGCAGACAAGUACGCCGGAGUUCGUCAACGCUUUUUCCAUCAAACGAGACUAAAAGUAAAUUCCACUGCGGUCGGAGCUCCGGCGAGGCGACUUGGAGGAUACUUCGAGCGCUUAGCUGCAAGAACCACGCUAGUGUAGAUGUAACGGCGUCGUUAACUGCCUAACGUAUAUUUCACGUGGAUAGCACGUGAGCGGCGGUUGCAUUUUCAUUGUUACUAUAUUGCCCUCGCUGAUGGUGUGACGUUCGAGUACCGCGAGAAGGUUAGUUUGGUAAUUUGAAAUUAAGAUGAAAAAGAUUAAAUAUUCUUCACGUCCAAGAGAGGAUAGUGUACAGUGGCGGAGUCUGGCUGAUGAUGGUAAGGUCUUUUUUAUUAUUUGCAUUUAUUUUUAUUUUUAGUUAUUUUGAUUUAUAUAUAUAUAUAUAUAUAUAAAAGUUUGGGUUAUUUAGUUGGUGACAAUUGACAUAGAGAUGUAUGAGAAUCACGAGAAUCCCGACGAAUCAUAAUCAUAAUUGUUAGAAUUUUGGUGAUAUAUAUAGUCUUUAUUUUUUUUCUCAA